AUGUUAAUUGGUGCAGGUGUGUUCUGGAAACUCAUAAGAGUAGGAAGAAUCGAAUUAGGGGAAAACAAACCUGUCUUACAAAACACUUGGUUAGGAUGGGUAGUAGCGGGCUACAUCAGUGGACAAGGAUCUCGAGUCAAACCUAAGAAAACGGUGUGCAACCUAAGUAUCGGUACAGAGGUACAAGACCAACUGGCCAAGUUUUGGGAACUAGAAGAGCCAGGUGGAAGUCAAAUCGAGGGAAUGACACGGGAUGAAGUUGAUUGUGAAAAUUUGUUUAUGUCAACAACAAGACGUGAUCAGGAUGGUCGAUUUAUUGUUGAAAUCCCAUUGAAAAUGAGUAUUGAAAAGUUGGGAGAUUCUCGAGAGAUGGCAUUGAGGAGAUUUUACUCUUUGGAGAGGAAAUUUGCCAGGGACAAGCAACUACAUAUAGAUUAUUGUGAAUACAUGAGAGAGUAUGAACAAGUAGGUCACAUGACUCAAGUAAGUGAGGACAUCACGAAUGAAAGGUGUUAUUACUUACCACAUCAUGCUGUGAAAAAUGAAGGAAGUUCUACAACAAGGUUAAGGGUUGUGUAUGACGGCUCUGCACAAUCAGACUCGGGUGUGUCACUUAACGAUUUGCAAUUUUCGGGGCCAAGAAUUCAAGAGGAUAUCAUUUCAAUUUUGUUGAGGUUUAGACAACAUGAAGUAGCAUUCUGCGCAGAUAUCGCCAAAAUGUACCGACAAGUAUGGGUUAGGGAAGAUCAACGCUAUUUACAAAGGAUACUGUGGAGAGAAAAUCCAGCAGAAGAAGUCAAGGUCUACAAUUUAAACACGGUGACGUUUGGAUUAACCUCAAGUCCAUUUUUAGCGGUAAGGUGUUUGCAAGAACUGGCAAAAAAUUGCGAACAAACGCAGAUUUCAAAGGUAAUUGGCAAGGAUUUCUACGUUGACGAUUUGAUAUCAGGGGCCUCGUCGAUUCAAGAGGCACUUCAGAUAUUGUAA